ACCAAAAAUACCAAUUCUUUUCUUUCUGAUCGCAACGAAGAAAGAAAAAAAAAAUCUUACAGAAAAGAAAAAAGUCUCCAUUGAUUCCCCCCAAAAUUUACACGAAAGAGAGAAUUAACGGAGCUUGUUCUAAUUCUUGUAGGGUUUUGAAAAUUGAACAGAGUUUGGUGAAUUAUCUCUCAAGCUUGUCUUCUUCAUUUGUUCUUCAUUCAAACCCUAAUUUGCUACCAUGACUGAGUACUGGGUAAGUCAGGGAAACAAAUGGUGUGAUGUCUGCAAAAUUUAUAUAUCAAACAACCCUUCCAGCAUCAGAAAUCAUGAGCUUGGAACACGCCACAAGGAAAAUGUUACCAAGCGGCUUGCUAAUAUGAGAAAAGAGAAUGCUGCUAAAGAUAAAGAACACAAGGAAACAGCUAGUGCCCUUGAACAAAUCGAAGCUAGAGCACAACGUAGCUAUCAAAAGGAUAUGGCGAAGUUUGAGGAAGUCAAAGAAUCACAUGAAUUGGAUUCGCAACUUGAAUGGGAGUUUGACAGCACUUCAGGCUAUUACUACCAUAAAACAAAUGGAUUUUGCUAUGAUCAAAAGUCGGGAUUUUACUAUUCUGAUGCAAUCGGCAAGUGGGUGACCCAUGAUGAAGCAUAUGCCUCACCUCACUUUGCAUCAAAUGCUGGGCGGAAUGUACCAUCUGGAAAAAAGGGCUCCAUAAUUUCACAAUCCAAAUCAGUUGACACCAAACCAAAUAUACAUCAUAAUGUAGCUUUACCUCUUAGAGUGAAUCCCAUGAGACAAGCAAAAGCUGCCGCGUCAUCUCUUGCUGUCGGUAAGAGAAAGAGACCCAAUGAAAAACCAAAGGUUGUCUCGGAAGAAGAAAAACAAGCUCUCAAGGCAAGAGAGGCUGCAAGGAAAAGAGUGGAACAGAGGGAGAAACCUAUGCUUGGGCUUUACAGCAAGCCUUACUAAGUGUGAAAUAUUUGAGGGUUAUGCUUCUUUAUGCCUGAUUCGUUUAUGCUGGCAUUAACUGUGUCUAAUUCCCAAGUUAUUUCUUUCUCUCUUGUGAAUGUACCUUGUAAAAUAUAUGUAACCUUUCCAUUUUUUAUGCAAUGCUUGUUAAAUGUC